UGGUUCUAAGACGUAUGAUUCAUUCGGUAAAUAUGGCACUUUUGGAGGUGAUUCCCCGUAGCGUAGUUGCUUAAGAAAUUCAUAAAAACGAUGCUUUAGUAGUCUUUGCCCUUAUACAAAGGUCUAAGAACGAUGGGAACCCCUAACUAUGCUUACAGAUUGCGGAAAAAACGUGACAAGGUUUUAAGAGAUUUAGAGCCAAGGAAGAUUUUAAACCUUCUUUACCAAGAAGAGGUUUUCGAAUCGGAAGACAUGGAGGAAGUGAAAGCGGGGGGAGCGAGAAAUAUACAAGCCAACAUAUUGUUGGAUAAAAUACUCCAUUCGGGGGAUGAAAAUAUUGCUACGUUUGUGAACGCUUUAAAGAGAACUCAACUACAUCUUUACAAGUUACUUCAAAAUCCUGUUCCCGGAGAAGAACUGGCAGAAGGAGAUCGGAGGGUAAAUCAAAUUACAGGACAGCUUUACACGACUUCAUUGAAUACCCACCAUGAAUACCCCAAUUACAUUGGCAAAGCUCUUAGUCCAACAAGAAUGGUCCCUGCAAAGAUUGGCAACACUGAGAAGGGAGCUGCCUAUUCUCACACUUCUGAUGCACAUCUUGUAGAACCACCUCCAGAUGAAAUUUGCAGCUUUGUGAAACCAACAGAUUGGAAGAAAAUACCACCUCACAUCUGUCCAGAUUCAGAGAAAGUGUACCCUAUGACGUCAAAGCCCAGAGGGAUCGCAUUGAUCAUUAAUAAUGAGAUCUUCCCUGAUAAUCCUGAAAAGACAGAAAAAGAGAAAGAAAAAGAAAAAUUAGAAGUCCGCCAAGGCUCUGACAAGGACGUCAAAUCACUUGAAAAGUUGUAUGAGGCUCUGGAUUUCAAAGUGAGGACUGAAAGAAACAAGAAAAGAAAAGAGAUUUUGGAGAUCUUAGAUGAUGUGUCUCAUCAGGAUCACUCGCAGUACGAUUGCUUUGUUUUAUGGCUGAUGAGCCAUGGCCAGAAUGGAUUAUUCUAUGGCUCAGAUGGAGAGACUGUCCCAAUUGAGACUGUGCGGGACUUUUUCAGCAAUGCAAACUGCCCAUCAUUAAAAGGCAAGCCAAAGGUCAUUUUCAUCCAGGCUUGUAGAGGCCAAGAAAGGGAAAAAGGUGUGGUAGCUGAUGCCCCAAAUGCACCAGCCCCUCAACCACCACAACCUUCAACAAAUGAUGAUUUGUCAGGCAGCACUAAUAGUGAAGUUACUGACAAAGGUUUUACUUUUUGCAUCAGAGAAACCAUUGCUAAUCAUGCUGAUAUUCUGAUAGCUAAUUCAACCCUCAGUGGUCAUGCAGCAUUCCGAAAUCCUGUGUUGGGAAGCCGCUUCGUACGCUGUGUUGUGGAGGUCUUUCAAGAACAAGCUGGCUCUGAGGAUAUUCUGGGCAUGCUCACAGAGGUUAACAACAGGAUCAGUGGAAUGGGUGAAAUCGAUGAAAAACAAAUAUCAGAACCAACAUCAACCUUGAGAAAGAAGCUUUACUUUUGGCCUGGAUUGUAGCAGAUGUAUAGGGGUUACAGCUGUUAGGCAGUUUUGUAGACAUUCCUUGAUCCUUAGUUGAAGGAGCAUUAUGCUUCACAAUCAGAAACACUCUUACAUGUAUCUCCAAGUGUCUUAGAGUACUGUGUGCAUGAAACUAUAACACAGAUCACAUUUCAAGAUCCCAAAGAGCAGCUAAUCCUUACAAAAAUUGUCAUCAAUUUUUCCAUAAACUAAACUUAAGAGGCCAUCACCUAGAUUUGUGUUCUAACAUUAAAUAACUGGCUGCUUUCCUGUGGAAAAUGUAUAAAACCAAAGAGGGAAGUACAAACCGUAGAUAAACAUGGCAAAGAUUAAUAUGGAUGCAGACAAAGAAGCUAGAAAAGUUAAGUGUAAUUUUUCAGGAUGGACAAACCAUUAUGGAGCCUUUUUGAUGAAUAGAAUUCUGCAUAUUGGCAGAAGGAUAGAGUAGCUGACAUCUUAUUUAGGGGCAUAAAAGUCUGGGCUUUUAAAGUUGGCUUUAUAUAUGUACAUUCCAAAGUGUCUGUUGGCACACUACAAAUAUUUUACAAUUGUAGAGCUGUUAAGUCUCCAGUAUUUAGUAUGAGACUCACAUGAAGUAGUGUAAUCUUAGGCUCUUAGGCUGAAACUACAAUCCCUCACACAUUAAAGGUUUCUGAAAUUAAUAAACUUUUGAGUUUGGAUCAGCAAA